CUGUGUAAUAUCACGUUUUUCUUUAGGUAUUAAUUAGAGUUUGAACUACUGCAAUGCAAUAAAGGAAAAACACAGUCCGUGGUCUAAUCCCUAAACUCUAAACUUAGUUAUUUUCUUGUUAACAUUGGUUAUAAAGGCAUAUCUUUUGUUUCACUUCUGAAACAUUUAAGAUUUUUAUAUUUUCUGAUUUGGAUUGUAUCAUUUUUUCCAAAAUAAUAUUGGUUUUUUGUACAUGACCAAUCUAUAGCCGUUGAAUCCUCUUAUAGUAUGCUUGAUUGAGGACCCUCACCUUUGCUAAAGAACUUCUUAUCUCUGUAUUAUCUAAUCUCUGCUAUGCUUGGUGCAUUGAUGCUCAUUUCUUAGAAGUAAAAAGUAAUAACUUGGAGUCUUGUACCUAAAAAAUAAAACCAUUGUGCGGUUCAAACUUUCUUGGACUGAAUUUGUGGCUUGCUUUGCAAUUUAAGUUCAAUAACUGUGAGGAAAUUUAGCAUCACUAACUAGCAGUUAACGAUUGUUGGAAGUUUUUGAUGUAUUACUAACUUUGGAAUAUGAAUAUGGUGAAGGCUGCUAGCUCUUUGGAGAAAUCAAAGGCCAAGACAGGGCGGCAGCAGUAUCCCUUCUACUCACGGCGACUUGGUUAUUCAUUACAGGGUGCUCAUCCAAACUCAGAUAUACAGAAAACUAGUUCUGUUAAUUCCCAUAAUUUCAGUGCUUCAAGAGAGUUGAAUGGUGUCUCUUCAGUAGUGAAAGACAACUUAUUAAGUCCAAAUAGUAGAUCAUUGGCCGCCCCAGUUGGUGCCACUAGAUCCACUUCUAUACCUGCUCCCUCUAGAAGCUUAGGUAACAACAAUUCAACCCCUUCUUCAUGGAUAACAUUGGAGAAGAAACCAACUUUUCCUACCCAGAGCAGGAAUGAUUUCUUCAAGAAUCUUUCAAGGAAGAGUUCCAUGGAAAAACCUUCUUCUGAAGCCAGCACAACAAAUGUCUCUAGUUCUCCCAUUCCGAAAUCUAGAGAUGCUUCUUCAGUGGAUUCCUCUUCUCUGAACAUGGUGAGUGACUGCAGCUCCAUAAUUACAGUGAACGACAAUGCUGCCAAUGAACCUCUGAAACCUUCAAGCAGUGGAGAGAAUCAGCAUAUCAGAAAUCCAUUUCCUUUUACAGAAGAGGAAGAGAUUGCAUUUUUACGUUCACUUGGGUGGCAGGAAAGUGCUGGAGAUGAUGAAGGCCUCACUGAAGAGGAGAUACAAAACUUCUAUGAACAGCACAUGAAGUUACAGCCAUGAACAAUUAUUCUGCAACAUGUGCUUCAAUGACAGAAUGCACUGCUACUUGAUUCCGUUGCUGGAAGAUUAGGUGGAACUCCACAAGUAAAUUAUGUUUACAACUUAGAAGUUUUUCUAUUUUUUACUGUUAUUUGUUAAAGAUACAAACUCUGCUACAGGUUUUAGUAGGCGAAUAGAACUAGUAGGACAAUAGAAAUGCUUCACCAUACUUCAUUAUCAUUAGAAAUAGAAAAAGGGCAAGAAAUUAGUUUAUUUUGUUCUUUUCUUU